AUGGCCACUGCAUUGAAAGACUAUGAGAAUGGCGUGUAUAUGACGAACUUCACUGGCAAUCAACAGCGAUGGGAAGUGAUUCUCCGUGUUUUGUCGAAUAAAAUCACUGAAGAAAGAGGAGAUUCGCCGUUGCCACCGGCAGAAAUAGCUGAAAUAAUCUCUUCGACAUACUGCAAAAAGGACAUUACAUAUGGAAUGCGAGAAGGUGGCAUUAUCAAUGAUAAAUACGAGAUAUCGACAGCGUUGAGAGCUCACAAUCCGUGGUUAAACUGUGGGAUUGCUGAAAGCGAGUCUAUUUUUGUGGUUGCAAUUGAUGAUGGUUCUCCAAAUCUAAACGAAUUGUCAUAUCCGAACAGGGAUUUAUUUGUGCGAAUGACCGACUUUAGUACAACUGAAGUUGAUUAUUUAAAGAACAAAAUAACACUGACAUUAUGUGAUUGUGAGCCAACAUCUGAUGGACGUUUGCCCCUGGGAUGUACUUCAACCAACUCUGAACCUUCCAAUCCUCCGUCAUCCACGACUACCACUCCCCCGUCAUCCACGCCUACCACUCCCCCGUCAACCACGACUACCACUCCCCCGUCAACCACGACUUCCACUCCCCCGUCAACCACGACUACAACUCCCCCGUCAACCACGACCACUACUCGUCCCUCUACCCCAACCCCCACCCCAUCUCUCCCCGCUAUAACUACUGUGAUACAAUCGGUGACAGAUAAUUGGGGACUGGAUGAGAAGGAGGGAAAACUGCAACUUGUAGCCGUAUAUCCCCUUGAUGAUGGGAAGAUGGUUUUUCCUGACUUCACAGCGAAACGUGCAGAUUGGAUGUACUUAUUAAAGAACUUAAGUAGUGUGUCUGAAGAUGAAGAUGGUCUAGUGGAACCCAUCAAUGAUGAAGCAGGGAUUAAAAGAGCAUUGAGAAGGCUUUUUCCAUGGUUGCGUUGUGAGUUGGCCGCAGGUGGAGCUGGUUUCAUGGUUGCAGUUGAUGGAGGUUGGUUAUUUUGA